AUGUCUACUCCGAAUGAUCUUCAGGCCCUGCUGGCAUCUAUACGGCCACGCCCCUCUCCGAAUCAUGCGUCCGGACAAGAGUCUGCUCAGCAGCAGCAGCAGCAGCAGCAGCGGCCAGUUCAGCCUGGGUAUGCGCAACCGCAAUACCACCACCCUGGCAUGUUUCCGCAUCACCCUCAGUACCCACCCUUUGAUGCUCGCGAAUUGCCUCCUGCCAUGCAUCAUCCGGAGAUGCAUCGGUACCAGGAUCAUGGUGUCCAUGGAUACCAUCAUCCAUCUGUGGCAUCGGCGGUUCAAAGUCCUUCGCCGAUGAAUCCGGUUAAUACCCCCCCUCAUCAUGCAUCCGAUACUAUUAGUCCGAACGUGCCCUCCCCUCGUCCCGAUCAUAAUCAGUACCCGCAACCCAACCACUCCGAUAGUGCUGCCAAUCUGCUGAAUCUUCUAAGAUUCAGCCAGGGCUCUGGUGCUGCGAUCCCGUCGCCGGCUGCCGCUAUGGCCUCGGAACAAUCGCGGUCUCCCCCGGUUCAAGAGGUAGCCUCAUCUUUGCAGGGACGAAACACUUCCUCGUCAAACUUGAUGGCUACUUUGUUUGGCGGUGCUCAGGCUCCUGCCCAGACUGCUGCGCCUGAGGUUGCGACUCCUGUCCAGGAAGAUGGUGCUCCAAGCGAUCAGACUCAGAACAUGUUGCUGCGUCUGCUUAAUCGAUCCCAAUUUGUCGACGAGGCUACGGAAGUCCCCCUCUCAGUCGCAUCAAACCAGUCCAAUCCUGAGGCAUCUGUUGAGACGAAACCAUCGGAGGCCAAUGACAUUCUGACGGAGCCUGUCGCUCCCUUUCUCGAGGCUGCGAAACCGGAAACGGUCGUAUCUCCCUCUUCUAAGGAGUCAAUGUUCACGUAUGUCAAUCCAUUCGAUCAGUUGGCUGCCAUCUCGCCCGGCACUAGAUCUCCCCAGCCCAAGUCGGACUACGAGCCCUCGGUUGUUGAAGAUAUGCAGAAGCUGGAGGUCAAUCCUUCCGCUGAUGAGGAUGCUUCUCCGGCUAUUGAAUUCGUCGCAACCCAGAAGCCGAAGCGGAGCAAGUCACCGGUUCUUGAAGCAGGGCAGAAACAGGCUGUGAAUGACGUUGUUAGUCGUCUCGUCAGCGAGAUCGGACGUUCGCUCAGCAGUGGGGAAAUCCAGGCUGAGAAGGCCGAGGUUGAAGCUGAAGUGGAAGCUGAAGUGGAAGCUGAAGCAGAAGCCGAAGCUCUCGCUGCCGAACCGACCGAAGCAGUGAUCUCAUCGAUCGCUGACCGUCUGCGGGAGACAGUCAUCGAGCCCAAAGAAGUCGCUGAAAUGCCUCAAUCGACUGAGCCUGAAAAGGGAUCAGAUGUCGAAGCCGCUACCACUGCUGAUCAUCAGACCCGGAAUGAGAAUGCCGAGGCUCUGGCUGACAGCUGGGAGAGCGCUGAAGACAGCGCAGAGAAGGAAGAAGUGCGUGUUGUGUCCGUUCGGAAUUUCCCCUUACAGCCGUUCAUCUCCGUAAUUGUCAAACCGCAACCCGGGAAGAUUGUGUCCUUCCGUGACGAUGCCGUUAUGGAUAUUGCCCGCCUGAAGAAGGAUUUCGAUCAGCUGGACCGCUCGUUGACUGCCGCCACAUCUGAUUAUAUCGUGUAUGCGCUUGCUAAGACUGGCGGAAUCCGGAUCAUUCGCCAGGACGAUGGCAGUGACCGACAAGUCUUCCGGUCUACUCGGGACCGUGUCUUUAAUGUCUCCUUGUGCUCGUCUCUCUCCGCGGUGGGCCAAUCCGAAGUGCAGGCCAUCCUCGGAAUCGGUGUCAGCGGUGCUGUAUACUGGUCUUUGAUUUCACGGGAGGGCAAGGAUCUGUUUGAGAUGGAUGCGCUGGAGAGUGAAAGCCUCAUAUUCCCGCCAUUCCCUGCCUCGGACGAGAACACCUCUGGUGGUCAGCUGAAAACGCGGGCCAAACAGAGCAGUCGUCAUGCGGAUCUGAUUGCUAUUGGGCGGGGUAAGUGUAUAUAUGUCGUUUCUCCCCAGGCUGCGAUGAAUGCCAGCUAUGGUGUGUCUGGUGCCCAACGCACGGUGAACACGGAGAAGUUCUUCAAGGAACGUGCUCUGAAAAUCUCCACUGGAAAAGCCGGAAAAGACUUUGCCUUCAGUGGUGAUGACACUGUCAUUGCGUCUCUAGACAAGACCGGCCGUCUGCGCUUCUGGGAUAUUCGUGACCUGCUGGACCGUGAUAGCUUUGCUGAGGGACCGGUACCGAACGAGGUGCGUGUUCCUUUGAACACAUUCGUGACUGGCUCCCCGGCAGAGAAAUCCUGGCCUACAUCAGUACUCUUCGUGGACAAGCUGCGUCCGUACACACGAUCAAGUGCUCUUCGGUACGUUCUCGUGGGACUGAAGCAGAACCACACCUUGCAGCUCUGGGAUAUUGGGCUCGGCAAGGCUGUGGGAGAGGUGAAUUUCCCUCAUGAGAACGAAUCCGAUGCAAUCUGCAGCGUGGUAUUCCAUGCCUCGUCGGGUAUCAUUGUAGUCGGACAUCCCACCCGCAAUUCGAUCUAUUUCGUGCAUCUGUCGGCGCCAAGGUACAAUCUGCCUGGUAUGUCGCAGGCUGCCUUCAUAAAGGCUGCGGGUGAUAAGGAGAGCUCCCUGCCCAGGCCAGAUUCGACUGCAUGCCUCAGUGGUAUUCGGGAAAUCUCGCUUGGUUCCAAGGGUCAGCUAAGAAGCCUGGAGCUGCUCCCGUUAUCCAAAACUGGUACGGAGAAGCGCGCGCCGGAAGAAACUGAUCUCUUUGAGUUGUAUGUGAUGCACUCGCGUGGAGUGACGUGCCUGAACAUCAAGAGAGAUGAUUUGGGUUGGACGUCAGACAACAAAGUAAUUUCUCCGAUCGAUGCCUUGGAGGAAGGUUCCAUUGAAGUCCGUGAACUUCAGUCUUUCCCGCCGUCUUUGACUGAAGACCCCUCCGUCAACGGUGAUACUCCAUCUCCCACGACACGUACUCCCAAGGACACUGCGAAGAAAAAUGACAUCGCCGACUCCACUGGUCUUGUUUCCUCCUCUCGCAACAUCUCAUCGUCUCGCAACCCUUCUCCGGUCAAAAUUUCCUCAAAGAAAAAGCCUGUUGACGAACAAUCUGAACCUGCUGCCCUUCCUCACAGCACUGAAAAGCUUGACAAGAAGAAGAAAAAGAAGGCUCCAGCCGACGCCGUCAAACUCAAAGACCCUACUUCUACAGCUGGUGUUGAACCCCUUCCCCUCCCCUCCUCCAAAGAACUUGAAACUCUUACCGCUUCUACCGCCACCAUGAGCAACUCCCAUGCCCAUGAAAUGGCGUCCUCCAACCACCUUGAUGGCGCUUAUCCUACUGUCGGUCAAGUUACCGAGGAACAAAUGGCCCAGCAAUUGAAGGAACAAUUCGAGAAUUCUCGCGGUGAGUUCAUGAAGGACAUGGACAAUAUUUUCGGUUCUGGAAUGGAACGCCUCUUCGCGCGGUUCGACGAUGAACGUCACCAUUGGGAUAGUGCUUCAAACGUCAAGCAGGAGAACCUUCUUCGUCUUGUUUCAGACAAGCUGAGUUCCGAUCUUGAGAAGAAUUUCCGACGCAUGUUCCAAGAGGCCAUCACAGACGAUGUUACCCCUGCUGUUGAUCAGACAAUCCAUCGUGCAAUCUCCCGAGUUCUGGAGACCAAUAUGCUCCACCAUCUACCGAAGGUCUUGAGGGAGCAACUUCACCAGAUCAUGCCCCGCAUGAUCGAAUCAACUGUCGAAAACCCCGCUCUGGUUGACGCGGUGGCCAGCCGUAUGGUGAAGAUGCUCGAGGGGCACGUCCAGAAGGGAGUUACCCUCGCCGUCUCGCAUUCUUUCAUGCCAUUCAUGGAGGAAUUCGCGAAGCGAAGCAAGCAGGCUUCUGAUGAAGCUGAAGCCAGAAUCAAGAUCUUGGAGGAGGCACGUGAGAAAGAUCGUGUGACCGCCAACAUCACCCUGGCCAAACUUGAGCAGAUGGAGAAUGCAAUGCGUGCCAUGGUCGCACACAUGGGUCAAUUGACUGCCAACAACCUCCCAACUACCAACACCGGCCCCUCGAAUAUUGCCCCAGCAGCAAAAGUUCCUGCCCAGGCACCGGUCCAGGCACCGGUCCAGUCUUCUUCCCCCGUUCGGGAUCCUCGCCUGUUAAAUCGGCCAGAGCGUUCCUCUUCGGCUCUGGCGAGUCCCUCAAUUCCAGCUCUCUCGGAGGAGCUUGCAGAUAUUGACCAGAUGCUUUCGGGGCCCCAACCCCAGUAUCAUGAAGCCAUCGUCAAGUGGCUGCAAUCCGCACGACAGGCAGAAAUUUUCGACAACUACUUCUGCCAAACGAAUCCCUCGUUCCUGGCUCAGCUCCCGGCAAUUGUCGUCCUCUCUGCUGGUGUGGCCGUGACCGCUUCUCUGCAGCAGAACAUCUCUGCUCGCCUCCACUGGCUCGAAGUGAGUCUGCGCAACGUGGACCUGCAGGAUCCGGAAGUGGGUGCAGUGGCGGCUCAGAUCUUGAGCUUGUUGAGCAACCGGCUCGGCGAGCUGUACAACGCGGUUCACAGCCGCAACCCCUCGUCCAGCCUGCUGCAGCAGAUCGUCCCGUUGUCCCGGGCUUUGCAGGACAUGUACCGCCGAGUCCCCGCCAACUGA